AUGCUGUCAUUUCCAGGGUCGCUCCGCCAAAGAAGACUGGUACUGGCGCUACUGUUGUGUAUUACCAUUUGGCAAUUUAACGCGUACCUUUGGCAACAUCCAGACUGGGAGUGGGUUUUGUGGACCGAUGAAGAUAAUCUCCAACUUGUGAAAGACUACUUCCCCUGGCUUGAAGACACUUUUUUAAGCUUACCUGGAAAUAUUUAUCGGGCGGAUUUGGCCCGUAAUCUCUACAUGUACAAGUUUGGAGGGAUAUACGCCGAUUUAGACACUGAGUGUCUCCGUCCUACGUUUGAUGCGCUCAAAUCACAUAAUGGUUCACUGCUCAACAAAGUUGAGAAGACAUUUGCGGGUGAAAUAUCUGCGAGUCACGUCGCCAUAUUCGGGCGCAUGGGCGCUGAUCAAACCUUUCAUCACCAUCUGCCAAACGCGUGGAUGGCUGCUUCGGCUCGACAUCCUUUUUUCCUUUUGCCACUAGAAUUUGCAAGGGCCGAGAUACAAAAAAGCAGGCGUAUAUUUCACCAACUAUGGUAUGACUAUCCAUCAGCAGAACAACUAACCGGCCCUAUUGCUCUGGCAAAAAAUAUUGGGCGAUAUCAAAUCUGUGGUGAUACAUUGGAUAAAAUAAUUUUAUUACCUGACAACCUGAUAUAUCCAUUCAAUUGGAAUGAUGGCCAAGAGAUACGGUCUAUUUGUUCAGCAGAGAAGGAUUCGUUUGAUGAAACUCAAUGCAAGGAGAUGUUGAGCGUCGAUGCAAAAGGCAGCAUAUCCAUCACAUAUUGGAGCCACACUCACAGAGGCAAGGGUUCAGACGACGAAAACAUAGACCGCAUUAGCCAUGAGAAAUAA